AUGAUUGCUCUCUUUUUGUGUAUUGCAUUAGCUUCUGCUAAAUUAGGUAUUGAUGUUUCUCAACCAACAUCUACAUCAUCAUUCACUUGCCUUAGAAAUAAGGGAUUCACUACUAUGGUUAUUGUUGGUCAAUAUAGUUUGAAAGUAAAGAGAGUUUGGUUUGAUAUUGAAGGUACUUGGACUUCAUCUGCUUCUACUAACCAACGUUAUUUAAUGGAAAUGAUGAAUGAAGCUAGAGCUAUUGGUAUUGUCCAUGGUAUUUAUGGUUCUAAAUAUUAUUGGGGAAAUCUCUUUGGAUCAUCUUACAAAUAUGCUUAUGCAUCAUCUACUCCAUUAUGGUAUCCACAUUAUGAUAAUUCUCCAUCAUUCUCUGAUUUCUCAUCAUUUGGUGGAUGGACUAGCCCAUCUAUGAAACAAUAUAGAGGAGAUGUUUCUAUUUGCUCAGCUGGAGUUGAUUAUAACUACAAACCAUAA